UCCUACCCAGACUACCCUCUCUCUCUCUCUCUCAGUCCUCUCUCUUUCUCUGAACUUUUACAGUUCUGAUCAAAUUGGUCAAAAUGGCCAGGCCGGGAAACAAGAUUAUACAGGCGAAGCUGGUUCUUGUAGGAGACAUGGGGACUGGAAAGACCAGCUUGGUCUUGAGAUUUGUCAAAGGCCAGUUUUUCGAUAACCAGGAACCAACAAUUGGAGCUGCUUUUUUCACUCAGGUACUGUCCUUAGCUGAAGCCACAGUGAAGUUUGAUAUAUGGGAUACAGCAGGACAAGAGCGAUAUCAUAGCUUGGCUCCUAUGUAUUAUCGUGGUGCUGCAGCAGCUGUAGUGGUGUAUGACAUAUCAAGCAUGGAUACAUUCACUCGAGCCAAAAAAUGGGUUCAAGAACUGCAAAGACAAGGAAGUCAGAGUUUGGUGAUGGCACUGGUUGCAAACAAGUCGGAUUUGGAUGCAAAGAGAGAGGUUGCUAUUGAGGAAGGGGAGCAAUUUUCUCAAGAAAAUGGGAUGUUUUUCACUGAAACAUCUGCAAAAACUUCACAGAAUAUUAACGAACUCUUCUUUGAAAUAGCAAAAAGACUGGCAAGAGCAGCACCCUCAAAGCGGAGUGGGAUGAAUCUAAACAACGAAGCACGAGAUAGAAGAAGAAAACUAUUUUGUUGUUCAGGUUGACAUUUUUCCCUACCAUUUCAAGAGUCCUUGGGAAAUCAAUGACAACAGGGGUCCUCCCUCUUGAUCUUUCAUUUGAAUAGCAUGUUCUUUUUUCAGAACUAAGCCAUUUAUUGAAAAUCCUUUGUGCCUCUUAUACCAAAGAUGGCAUUUUGGUUGCCUUUAUACUCUUUUACGGGGGGUUCUUCCAAUAUCUGUAAAGAAACUGCUCACACAAAAUUGAAAUCAUUGUAAAUGAAAAAAAGUUCAAGGACCA